AUGUGCCUCUCGUCCGAGCUGCUGAAGCUGACACUCAAAGACAACGUGUUCGAGUCGCUCAGCCUGGCCGUAUCCGACUUCGAAUCAAUAGAACGGAUGUACUUGUCCGCGAUCUUUGGACGUGAGAAGUUUCAAUGGGAAUGGCGCAGAGUAAAAUACAGCCUCAGCGCUAAAAGGCGCGACAAAGUGCUCGAAGAUCUCAGACAUUGGAACGAAGAUCUGAGGAGAUUGCUUGAGAAUUCCGAGGUCCCGGCGGAAGACGACAGUCGCAAAGUUCAAGAUCUCAAGCGCCGCUUCGAUGUUCAGCGUUGCAAUUCUAUCCACAAGUGCUUCAGUUCUCUUCACCGAGCACUCGAGUCUGGAUUCCGCUGUGUCUGUUCGCCGCCUCACCAAGCUGCCAUCGAUCUCGACUGGACGACGCAUGAGUCUGAUACAGCAAAACCUUUCAAAGUGGCCAUCUCUUAUGGGACAAACUCACAACUACCCAAGGGGCCUGAUUCAUGGCGGAAGCUUCGCAUUACUACAGAGACUCCAGAGACUCCUACUAAAAUGGUUCUUUCUGUCCCUGAGCUCUUGACCCCAUCGCCUACGCCAGCUAGAGCUCCUUCAUCGACUUCAUCCAUCCGAACCAAGGUUUCACAAUUCAAGUCCGUCUUCUCGUCACCCCGGCCGCGUCCAUCUCCACCAAUUCCUCCGACUACGGCUAGUCUCCUCAAAGACCCGGAUGAGGACCAAAAUUGGCAAUUCUUUCUUGACCACAAAGAAAAGGAUUCGCCAGAAAUCAUCAAAGCUGUUCCUCUAAAGUCUUUACUUUUAUCUCUCGAGCAGGCAACCCAGCAACGAAACUCUUAUCUCUCUCUGUCCGCAAAACAAAGGUACGGCAUCGCCACCUCCAUUGCCUGGUCAGUCCUGCACCUGAGCGGCAGUCCCUGGUUUGGCGACCACUGGGAACAAACACAAGUGAGCAUUUUCGUCAAGAAAACCCAGGACGGCCGGGAGGUGCUCUCGCGGUACCCGUGUGCCUCGUGCAUUUUCUCCCCGCCAGCAAGCAUGGGGGAGCCGCCCAGCAAUGAUUUCAAGCAUCUCAUUCCCAACAGAACCGUCUUCGCUCCCGGCAUUUUCCUCAUCGAGCUCUGCACCAACAAGUCCUUUGCGGAGAUCCGAGAGGCCGGUGGCAGCAUGACGCCAGCCUCGCUGCUCGAUGACUACCAGACGGCGGUGAGCAACCUGGAUGAGGUGUACCGCCUAGCGGGAGACUCUUAUGGAUAUGCAACGGAGCGAUGUGUGAAGUUUUCGUUCCAAGGGCGGGAUUUGUACAAGAACUUUGAUUUCUCGCAAUUCCGGCAGCAGUUCCAUGACGCUGUGGUUGCGCCGGUCCAGGCGACAUAUCUUAUGCUUCCGGAUUCGCGCAACCCUGGAUAA